AAAGUUUAUAAGACAAUCCCACUCUCCGCCUUUCUGCCCUGCCUGUGUCACAGCUCCAAGGUCCGGUCGAAAGAAAGGGGACCUUGUCGGAGGCUGGGACCGGGUUCAUUGACCAGCGUUACACUGCAGGUCACGGCGGGACAGAGGAGCAACAGGCUGCCAGUGAGAGAUUGAAUCCAGCAGUCACAAUGGCAGACAGCGGGAAGACUAAUGAGAGUGGAGCUGCAGCAGCAGAACAAGCUAAUGGAGACCAGCAGAAUGUUGUCUCCCGAGUAAGCAACUUGCCCCUGGUCAGUUCAGCUUGUGAGGUGGUUUCCAGCGCCUACAGUAGCACCAAAGGCAAUGUGCCCUUGCUAAAGGGAGUGAUGGAUGUAGCAGAGAGUGGGGUCCGAACCCUGGGAGCAGCUGCCACCACCGGGUCCAAGCCUCUCUUGGACAUGAUAGAACCACAGCUUGCCACAGUAAAUGAGUAUGCCUUGAAAGGACUGGAUAAGAUGGAAGAGAAGCUGCCCAUUCUUCACCAACCAGCAGACAAGGUGGUGUCGAACACAGUGGGCAUGGUGUACCAGUCGGUGGCGGGCGCCAAAGACGCCGUGGUGGGGGCUGUGAUGGGUGGUGUCGAGCUGACCCGGGCAGCAGUCAGCGGAGGUAUCAGCACCGUCAUGGGCACCAGGAUGGGCCAGAUGGUUAGCAGUGGGAUGGGACUGGCCCUCAGCCGAUCCGAGGACUGGGUUGACCAGAACCUACCGCUCACUGAGAGGGAGCUGGCUGCUGUAGCUGAACCUGUCACCAGUGAGGUGACCACCUUGUCAGACAGCCCCAGCUACUUUGUCCGCUUGGGGAAACUCUCAGCCAAGGUACAGGAGCGAGCCCUACAGCACUCACUGGGGCGUGCACGGCAUGCCAGGGAUGCCACCUAUGCUGCAGUGGCUCAGAUUACCAGCACCCUGGACCUGCUAGAGAGUGCCCGAACCAGCCUGGGUACCGCCAGUAACCAGAUAGGAGGAGCCUCAGAGCAGCUGCUGCAGCGCUGGACAGAGUGGAAGCAGAAGCAUGCUGGAGCUGGACAGACUGAGUCGGAGCCAGACGGGACCAAAGAUGAAUCUGAGAAGCUGGAAUGGCGGGCCCUCUCCAUGGUGCGUGGUCUGAGCGACCAGCUGCGGUCAGCGUGCUCCAAUGUGGUUUCAAGUGCUCAGGGUCUGCCAGGUGCAGUCCAGGACCAGCUGACCAGCGCAAGGCAAUCAGCUGAAGAACUGCACUCCUCUCUGGGGAGCACCAGCACUCUCACACCCCUUCUUCUGGAGCGGAGCCGUCACCACCUGACCCAAGUUCAACAGUCACUGGAUGGUGUCAUGGAGUAUCUACUAAACAACACACCACUCAACUGGCUGGUGGGACCCUUUGCCCCUCAGAUCACUGAAAAGACUGAGGGAGAUGUGGCGAUGGAGCAGGCUAGCCCAAACAACUAGACUUCACGACUUGUGUUGUGUUUCUCCAUGAGUUAAUAAUCGGUGUGGUGACAGAAGACUGAGGUUUACUGUAGAUUAACCAUUUUUAAAUGCAUUUACAUCUGCUUGCUAUAACGAAAGAGAAAAUUCAUUUAAUCAUGUUAUCUUUAUGUAGUCACUAAAUUUGAACUACUUUUGAAUGACACUACAUUUUUGAUGUAACUAACCACUGAACUUAAAGCUCUGACCUGUGGCCUUAAAGAAAUUUAUACAUUUCUGCACUUUAUUAUUUAUGCUGGAAUAGAGAACUGUAUUUUUUACAUAUGAUGCAGACUAAUCUAUGUCUUUGUUUGAAAGUAUUAGUGCCUAAAAAGAAUUCAAAGCAUUCCCAAAAACUAAGCAAGUUUUUUAUUGCCAAGAUCAUGUUAGGGGCUCCUAGAUUCCUUAUAAAUAUGACACAUGCACACAUCUUAAGUAUCACGUGGAGUUCAUAAUGCAUUUCAUUUGCUUUUAGAUCUGCAGUUUUAAUUUCAGUACUCUGUGUCUGAACCUUGGUGAGUGUGUACAAGCAACUGUCAAUGAACUGAUAUGCCAAUAAAUUGUGGACACAG